AUGUCUCGAAAGUUUGAAAUUUCUGUGCCCGCGUCCUCGGCCAACAUUGGUCCCGGUUUCGACGUGCUCGGCCUCGCUCUGGCCAAGUUCCUCGUGAUCAACGUCGAAAUCGACUCGUCCAAAACCUCGGACCGAAAGGACCCCAACAACUGCAUUAUCACCUACGAGGGCGAGGGAGCUGACGGCGUUCCUCUCGACAGUGACCACAACCUUGUCACCCGAGUGGCUCUCUACGUUCUGCGAUGCAACGGCAUUAGAUCUUUCCCCUCGGGCACCUUUGUGCACGUCAACAACCCCAUUCCUCUGGGUCGAGGUCUGGGCUCGUCUGGAGCGGCUGUGGUGGCUGGUGUCAUGCUCGGAAACGAGGUCGGAAAGCUGGGCUUCUCCAAGCAGCGAAUGCUCGACUAUUGUCUCAUGAUCGAGCGACAUCCCGACAACAUCACCGCAGCCAUGAUGGGCGGCUUUGUGGGUUCUUACCUGCGGGAGCUGUCUGCUGCUGAUCUCGAGCGAGUGGAGAUCCCCCUUGCUGAGGUUCUCCCCGAGCCUGCCGGAGGCCGAGAUACCGGCCUUGUACCCCCCGAGCCUCCUCUCAACAUCGGACACCACAUCAAGUACGACUGGUGCCGAGAAAUCAAGGCCAUUGUGGUGAUUCCCAACUUUGAGGUCUCCACCGCCUCGGCCCGAGGAGUGCUCCCCACUGCCUACACUGCUUCAGAUAUGAUCUUCAACCUGCAGCGACUGGCCGUUCUCACCACCGCCCUCACCCGAUCGCCUCCCCAGGCCGACCUCAUCUAUCAGGCCAUGCAGGACAAGGUCCACCAGCCCUACCGAAAGACCCUGAUCCCCGGUCUGCCUGAGAUUCUGGCCUCCGUUACCCCCAAGACUCACGAGGGUCUGCUGGGCAUCUGUCUGUCUGGCGCUGGGCCCACCAUUCUGGCUCUGGCCACCGACAACUUCGAGACAAUCGCCAAGGAGAUUGUGUCGCGAUUCAACAAGGAGGGCAUCGACUGCCGAUGGGAGGUCCAGGAGUUGGCCUACGACGGUUCCAACGUGAAGCAGCUCUAA